AUGAGCAAAAAGCACACCACACUAGAGAUUACUAUUUUAAGCGGCCAGAAUCUGACCCCAACCGAUGUUAAUGGGAAAGCAGAUCCAUAUUGUAAUCUUAAGGUGAGCAGUCAUUCUAAAGGAGAUAAAACCAAAAUCAUUGAAAAUGACUUAAAUCCUGUUUGGAAUGAAACAUUUACAAUUAAAAAGGUUGAUUCCGAAAAGGAUUAUCUCGAAUUGAAAGUUAUGGACGAUGAUAUCGGAAAGGAUGAUUUAAUUGGAAGUGCAAUGAUUAAUUUAUGCGAUUUCAACGACGAACAAGAGCACAACGAAAUAAUUCCUAUUGUAAAAGAUGAUAAAGAAACAGGAAAAAUUCAAAUCAAAUUCAAAAUUACAGUCGAUCAAAGAAAAGGAACUUCUGAUGAUAAUUCGUCAACAUCAUCUACACCAUCAACAGUAGUUGAUGAUGAGCCAGUUGUUUUACCACCUUCUCCAACAAAACCAAACGACGUUGAAAACAAAUUUAACGACUUCGAGAAAGAGAAAAAGGAAAAGAAAUCAUCAUCCUCUUCUUCCUCGUCAUCAUCUUCAUCAGAAGAAGAUGAAUCUGAUCACCAUGAAGCUAAGCAAGAAAAGGCUAAGCUAGACGUUACUGUUGUGUCCGCAAAGGGCCUUGUUAAAAUGGAUAAGAAUGGAUUAGCAGAUCCGUACUGCAUUUUGACAAUCAACGGAGAAGGCGAGCAAUUAGAGACAAAAGUUAUUAAAGAAACUCUAGAGCCUCAAUGGAACCAGGAAUUCCACUUUGAAAUCAAUGAUAAAUCUAACGAUACAUUAUACGUUACUUGCUACGACUGGGAUGAUCACAACGACCAUGAUAUUAUCGGCGUUGCUAAAGUUUCACUUAGUGAAUUAGAAUACGAAGAAACUACAGAAAAAGAUCUUGAAUUAAAGAAGGAAGGUGGCCACCGCAAAGAUCGUGGCAAUGUCCAGCUUAAACUUACAAUACACAAGGUCGAUGAGCCAAAAUCAGACUCAGAUACUGAAACUAGAUCUUAUGAAGAAAAUGAUGAGGAUCCUGAUGUUCUUGAUGGAUCAUCUGACGAAGAACUUGAGAAAUCAGAUGAAGUCCCAGAAGAAGAGGAAGAAUUCCACGAGGAAAUCAAGAAAGAAGAAAAAAUUGUUCUUGAUGUUACAGUCGUUAAUGCAAAAGACCUUCCAAUGAUGGAUGCAAAUGGAAAGGCUGAUCCUUUCUGUGUAUUAACAAUCAACGGAGAAGGAAAAGAAUACAAAACAGACGUUAUUAAGAAAAAUAAGAAUCCAGAAUGGAAUCAAAGCUUUAAUGGUAUUCCUAUUGCAGAUAAAUCUAAAGACAAAUUACAUAUUACAUGCUACGACUGGGAUGAUAACAACGCAAACGAUUUAAUCGGAAAUUACGAACUCGAUCUUAAAGAUUACGAAUUUAACACUCCUAUUGAAAAGGAUAUCGACCUCAAGAAGGAAGGAGGUCUUCGUAAAGAUCGUGGAACAGUUCACCUCAAGUUCACAAUUCGUAAAGUUUCUGAAGAACCAAAGAACGAAGAGGAAAAGAAAGAGGAACAACCUGUUGAGGAACCAGCAGAAGAAAAACCUGCUGAAAUUCCUGUCCCUGUUGAAACUCCAGCUCCAGAACCAGAACCAAAACCAGAAGAAAAACCAAAGAAGUUAUUACUCGAUGUUACAGUUGUCAAAGCCACAGAUUUAGCAGCGAUGGAUCUUAAUGGAAAAUCAGAUCCAUAUGUUAUUUUGAGCCUUAAUGAUACUGAAGAGUUCAAGACAGAAGUUGUCAAGAAGAACAAGAAUCCCGAAUGGAACCAAACAUUCACAUUGAAAGUUGUAGAUCAGUCAUCCGACAAAUUACAUGUUAAAUGCAUGGACUGGGAUGAACACAACGAUCAUGAUCUCAUUGGUGAAAAUGAACUCACAAUUUCUGACUUAGAACUUGAUUCAUCAGUCGAGAAAGACGUUGAACUUAAGAAAGAAGGUGGUCAUCGAAAAGAGAGAGGCACUGUUCAUCUUAAAUUAGUUUUACAUGAAGAAAAAGAAGAAGAAGAGAAAGAGGAAGAAAAAGAAGCGGAAGCUGUUGAACCUCCAGUUGUUGCGACAACCAAGAAAUCAUCAUCUUCUUCUUCAUCUUCAUCAUCCGAUGACGAAGACAAAGAUAAGAAAGAACAACCUAAAGAUAAAUAUGUCUUAGAUAUCACAGUUGUAAGUGCUAAAGAACUCGCAAGAAAGGACGUUCUUGGAAAGUCAGAUCCAUACUGCAAGCUCUCCUUAAACGGAUCAAGCGAAGUUUACCAGACAGAAGUCAUCAAGAACGACUUGAAUCCAAAGUGGAACCAGGAAUUCCACAUCCCAUUCGAAGACAAGUCCAAAGACGUUUUACACGUCAUUGUUUUCGAUCACGAUGAUGACAACAACGAUGACUUAAUUGGCAACUGCGAACUCAAACUCGACGAAUACGAGCUCGACAAAGUCAUUGAUAAAGACAUCGAAUUGAAGAAAGAAGGAGGAAUGAGAAAGAAGCGUGGAUCAAUUCAACUCAAACUCUUCAUUCACAAACAAACAGAAGAAGUCAAACCAGCAUCAAAGAAAGAAGAGAAGAAGCCGAAGACAGUCAAAUUGGUCGUCAAUGUUGUCAAUGCAAUAGAUUUAGUUGCAAUGGAUACAAAUGGAAAAUCAGAUCCAUAUGUCCUUCUCAAACUUAAUGACAGUGAAGAGAAAACAGAUGUCAUUAAAGUGAACAAGAAUCCGGUAUGGAACGAAGAAUUCGAGUUCGACGUCAAGGACCAGAAAUCCGAUGUUCUCUACGUAACUGUCAUGGACUGGGAUAAUGACAACGACCAUGAUUUGAUUGGAAAUGGCGAAGUCAAACUCGAUGACAUCACAUUCGAUGUUCCUGUCGAGAAAGACAUCGAAUUGAAGAAAGAAGGAGGCCAUAGAAAGAAUAGAGGAAUAUUGCAUCUCAAGCUCACUCUCAAGUCAGAUAGAGAAGGCGAAUCCGAGUCAGAAGACGAAGGAAAGAAAGCUUUCAUCGAGUUGACAAGUUCAUCAAGCGAUGAUGAAAAAGCCGAUAAAUCUCACAAGACAAGAGAUGUCGCUUUCGAACCAAAGCUUGAAGUAAUUGUCAUUGAUGCAAAGGACCUUCCUGUCAUGGAUAUUGACAUGAGUUGCGAUCCAUACUGUGUUCUCAAGUUGAAUGACGAAGGAGAAGAAUACAAGACAGAUGUCAUUGAAAACGACAGAACACCAGCAUGGAACAAAGAUUUCUCAAUUCCUAUCAAAGACAAAGACUCUGAUGUUCUCCAUAUCAAAGUCUAUGAUCACGAUGAUAAAGGAGAAGACGACUUAGUUGGAAGCUGCGAAUUAGCUCUUAAGGAAUUCGAGUUUGAAAACAAAGUCGAAAAAGAAGUCAAACUCGAGAAGAAGGCUUUGAUUCAAAAGGAAAGAGGAACAGUAAGAUUAUCAAUUUUGUUGACUCAACAAGGCGACAAAGUUGAAUUACCAAGUGCCCAAAAGCCAGAGAAGCCUAAAGAGAAGAACUUCAUUGUCAUCGAUGGAAAAGUCUUCGAAUUCAAUGAAGGCGACGAAGAGGAAGAACUCAAGGAAUAUUCCACAAUUUCAAUGAAGGAAGAAGAAGAUAAAUCAGAGGAAGAAGAGAAGAAGACAGUGUUAGUCAGCAAGAAACACAAAGUCAACAAGAAAGUAGAAGUCUGGACACCAAUAACAGAUGAAGAAAAAGCUGAAAUCCCUGUCAAUGUCAGAGAAUUCAAACUUGUUGAAGAAGAAGUUUCUGUUACAGAAGAAUACCAAGAAGAAGUUGAUGCAAAAGUUGCUGAAGAAGAGAACUUACAAGUUGUUGAUACAACAACAGCUUUGGCAUCAUUCCAGAAGCCUCCUCCAUCUCUUGAAGUCGAAAAGAAGAGAAUGAAGAACCUGUUCGAUGACAAUGAAGAAGAAAAUGAAGCAGUCAAAGAACGCAUUACAUGGCACUUAGAUUUAGAUGUCAUCAAAGCAGAAGAUUUACCACAAGUUGAUAUUUUGGGAGGUGCAGAUCCAUAUGCACUUGUUUAUCUUUCUGAAACAGAAGAAUUCAAGAAGCAAACAAAGAUUAUUAACAACAACAGAUCUCCUGUUUGGGAUGAACACUUUGACUUCGAUUUCAAUGAUCCUAAAAUAGAUGACAACACUCCAAAGGGCCGCAAACUACACGUUGAAGUCUACGAUUAUGAUAGGAAUACUCAGAACGACUUCAUCGGACGCAAUUUCAUCACUUUAGAUGAAUAUCUCGAUGAACAAGAGAAAGAAGUCGUUGUUCCUAUCUACAAGGAUCUCGAGGACAAAUCAAAGGAUGCAGGAAAAGUUACACUCAGAGUCAAAUUCACAAAGACAGUUACACAGAAGAAACACAAAUAUCUCGCAGAUGUUGAAGAUGAUAAAGUUAAUGACAAACCUCCUUCAGAUGCUCCGAAGAAGCCUGUUACAAAGAGAACUGUUUCUAAUGCUGAUAACAGUGAUGAUGAAGGCGAAAAGUUGGAUUCUCCUUCAAAGAAAGUUGAUUAUUCAAAUCACAAGUUCUUGAAAGAAAUGAGUUCUUCUUCUUCAUCAUCUGAUUCCGAUUCAGACUCUUCCGAACCUAAGAAGAAAGUCAGAUGGUAUAACAACCACAAGAAUUCGAAGUUGAACAAGAAGUAUUUGUCCCCUCUUAAAGAAGACAAUGAUAAGAAUGAUGGAGUUGCUGAAGAACUCUAUCUUGCAACAAACAUCAAUUCUCCAAGAAGGACUCUUGAAAACAGAAGGAAGAUGGAAGAAAUUGCUGAAAUCAAACGCUCCAGACAACCAACUUAUUCUCCAAGAAAGAACUUAAUAACAACACCAAAGAGACAUGGAAACGACAUCUCCAGUAGCGAUGAUGAGAAAGAAAGCAUCGCUUCUGAAGAGAUGAAGAAGAAAUCAAGAUGGUUGGAUGAAGACGAGAAAGAAAACAACAUGGAUGAUGCAAUUUUCAAGAAUCAUAAGAAAUUAACUCCUAAACGUCGUAAAGUCGUAAAGGCAAAGAAAGUUGAAGAAAAUGAAGAUGAGAUUAAAUCCAAGAAAGAUCAGAACAACGAAGAUGAAAUUUUCGUUGCAGAAAGAGACUUGAAACUAGAAGAUUCCAUGAAAUCUAAAUCCAAAUCAAUGAAACCUAAGUCUCAUAAGGAAGAUUCAAUGAAAUCUAAGUCUAAAUCUGUUUCUAAAUCCAAGAAAUCGAAGAAAUCUUCUUCAUCGUCAUCGUCUUCUUCUUCCGAUGAUGAAGGUGCAAAAAGAAUUAUAACUAUCCCAAAGAAAGAUGAGUGA